AUGAGUGCAUCUCUUGUCAAACUCGUCCAAUCUUGUACAGAUUAUGUAUUUGUAGGUCAAGAUACACCUAUAGGUGAACGAAUGCUACAAGGUGCAGUCUUGGUAGAUAAUGUGAACAUAGCGAACAUUGAGACAAUUUUAGACUUUAAUCUUAGCGGUGAAGCAUCAACAGUAUUGGCUGAAAUGAAGAUAGCCUUAAAUGCUUAUCUACAGGAGCUAGUUGAUUCCCCUGUUAGAUCUUUAUCAGAUGUAAUAAUCUUCAAUCAGAAAAAUUCUGAAUUGGAAAUGCUCAAGGAAUUUGGUCAAGAUAUAUUUUUGGCAGCUGAAAUAACAAAUGGAAUUGGGGUAACAGAAUUGAAAGCUUUGAGGAAUUUAUCAAGAUUAACAAGAGAUGGAUUCCAAAAAUUGAUGGAAAGAUAUAAGUUGGAUGCAUUGGUGACUGCUGGUUCUGAUGUUGCUGCUGUUGUUGCUAUUGGUGGAUUUCCAGCAAUUACUGUGCCUGCUGCAUAUGACAAAGAGGUGCCUAUUGGCAUUUGUUUUAGUGGGUUGAAAGGGUCUGAGCCUAAAUUAAUUGAAAUUGCCUAUGGCUUUGAGCAAGCAACCCUGAUUAGAAAACCUCCUACAUUUUUACCCUGA